UAGUGAAUAGUGAUGCAUUAUUGCAUUAUUGGUAGCAAUACAAAUUUAAUUAUCGAAAGAGAAUUAUUGAAAUUAUACACCCCUUAAUUCUUUUUGUAAAGAUUGAAUCGAGUUUCAGAAGUGAAGUGUCAUUAUUAGAAAGCUGUGCAGUCAAUUCGAACAGAUUGAAAUCCUAACUUGUACAACAAAAACGAGAUAUCAGUCGCAGAGAAAUCAUUGGUUCCAGUCAGAAUCUGCUUUCACAUCAAGCGAUCAUUAUGGAAGAAACCAAACUUCGUAAAUUCCUACAAGAUGCAAAAAUCCCAGAAGAUGACGCGGAGGUGUACCUGUCAUUAUUCAUACAGAAUAACCUCGAGGAAUCGCAUAUAGCCAAUUUAAAAGAAGAACAACUCAUUGAAAUGGGCAUUAAGAAUAUAGCUCACAUCAAUAGCAUAUUGAACGAAGCGAAGAAGUACGAAACCACAUCAAACGAUGACAUUCAACGACCAAAAGAAGAAAUUCAGGCUCCAGGAGAAAGAAUUCAGCAUGUAGAAGAAAGACUUCAGCGUUUAGAAGAAAAUUUUCAGCAUAAUGAAGAAGGAAUUCAGCAUGUAAGAGAAGGAAUUCAGCAUGUAAGAGAAGGAAUGCAGCAUGUAAGAGAAGGAAUUCAGCAUAAUGAAGAAAUAAUUCAGCAUGUAAGAGAAGCAAUUCAUCAUAAUGAAGAAAUGAUUCAGCAUGCAAGAGAAGCAAUGCAGCAUAAUAGAGAAAGAAUUCAGUAUCUAGGAGAAGCAGUUCAGCAUCUAAAAGAAAAUAUGUAAGUACAUUGAUUUUUAUUUUUAAUAUAGUUAUGAGGACAUUUUUUUCAGAAAUAUUUAGAUUUAUUGAGAGUGAAAUGUUCAAGUUCGUACUCCAUCUGGAUUUUCUAAUUUAAUGGGCUUGAAUACAUUGUAGAAAUAUUUUUACUGGUGUGGAGAAAAGAAGCAUGAUGAAAAUGCGAAAAUCUAGAAACAGUUGUAAGAUACCUGCAGGUAAUUCUGGAGGAAUAUGCUCACUGAUGUAAAAAUUAUUCAUGAGGUGUGUGGAUUUUUUAGUACCUACAUAAUAGAUAUUAAUUUGUAAUUUUCAUCGUAUAACCCUGCGUUUUAUUCAAAUGUUUAAUUUUGAUUUUCCUUCUUGUAAUCUGUAUGUACUUAGCUUACGUACAUAGGUAGGUGCUUCUGUUUCGUGAGCACGAAGGCGUUCAAUGUGAAUUUUUUGGCAUAAUAAUUUGUAUAUAUUCGUAAAUAAACUUCUAGGUAUCUUUAAAUUGUAUUAUAGUCUUUAAAUUAUAUUAUAAUCUUUAAAUUUAAAUUUAAUAAAUUGAACAACA